CUAUUAAAAAACACUGCCUCUUUCUCUUUGCUACGUAAACAAAAAAGUUUGAGUCAAACUGUUCAAGAAACUUCAACUUGAUUUAGAUUCUAUAUAGAGAAAUUUAUCUAAUAAUCUAAUAAAAAAAGAAAAAAAAAACUGUUUAAUAUGACUAGUAAAAGUAGCAAGAAACCUAAGCCAGGGACAAAAGAUAAAGUUGCAUUUCAAUUGAAAACAAAGCAUGCUGGUAAAGAGAAAAUCAAGCAGAAUGGAACUGAUAAGAAAAAGCUCAAAGAAGAGUCACAUACAAAAAAGAGUGAGAGUAAAGCUAGCAGUCAACCAAAGCCAAGUGGUGCACCACAGCAGAAGAGUAAGACAACACCCGCACAAAACUCUACCUCUGUAUCUAGCUGGCUAACUACAUCUCUGUGUUUAUUUGUUGUAGUUGUUGGCAUUGCCAUAGCCGCUUAUCAUUUUCGUGAAGAAAUUGAUAAGAUUCUUCAUUCAGAAAUAGUUUCAAGAGAUAUUAGGAAUAAAGAUUCUGAUGUCAGUCCUUUAGAAACUUUUUCUAGGAAUAACCAAAUUGAUGAAGAAAAUGGUAGUGAUGAUGAACUUGAAAUGACAGAUUUUGAGAAUUUAGAACUCAAAGAUUUGAACAGUGGCAAAACAAAUGUAGAAGCUAAAAAAGAAGAACCUAAUGCUAAAGACACACCAACAACUGAAAUAAAUAAAGAAGUAAAGAAAGAAGAACCAAAAGUAGAAGCCAAGAAAGAAGAACCAAAAGUAGAAGCUAAGAAAGUAGAACCAAAAGUAGAAGCCAAGAAAGAAGAACCAAAAGUAGAAGCUAAGAAAGAAGAACCAAAAGUAGAAGCCAAGAAAGAAGAACCAAAAGUAGAAGCUAAGAAAGAAGAAACAAAAGUAGAAGCCAAGAAAGAAGAACCAAAAGUAGAAGCCAAGAAAGAAGAACCAAAAGUAGAAGCUAAGAAAGAAGAACCAAAAGUAGAAGCUAAGAAAGAAGAACCAAAAGUAGAAGCUAAGAAAGAAGAACCAAAAGUAGAAGCUAAGAAAGAAGAACCAAAAGUAGAAGCUAAGAAAGAAGAACCAAAAGUAGAAGCUAAGAAAGUAGAACCAAAAGUAGAAGCUAAGAAAGAAGAACCAAAAGUAGAAGCUAAGAAAGAAGAACCAAAAGUAGAAGCUAAGAAAGAAGAACCAAAAGUAGAAGCUAAGAAAGAAGAACCAAAAGUAGAAGCCAAAAAAGAAGAACCAAAAGUAGAAGCUAAGAAAGAAGAACCAAAAGUAGAAGCUAAGAAAGAAGAACCAAAAGUAGAAGCUAAGAAAGAAGAACCAAAAGUAGAAGCUAAGAAAGUAGAACCAAAAGUAGAAGCUAAGAAAGAAGAACCAAAAGUAGAAGCUAAGAAAGAAGAACCAAAAGUAGAAGCUAAGAAAGAAGAACCAAAAGUAGAAGCCAAAAAAGAAGAACCAAAAGUAGAAGCUAAGAAAGAAGAACCAAAAGUAGAAGCUAAGAAAGAAAAACCAAAAGUAGAAGCUAAGAAAGAAGAACCAAAAGUAGAAGCUAAGAAAGAAGAACCAAAAGUAGAAGCUAAGAAAGAAGAACCAAAAGUAGAAGCCAAGAAAGAAGAACCAAAAGUAGAAGCUAAGAAAGAAGAACCAAAAGUAGAAGCUAAGAAAGAAGAACCAAAAGUAGAAGCCAAGAAAGAAGAACCAAAAGUAGAAGCUAAGAAAGAAGAACCAAAAGUAGAAGCCAAGAAAGAAGAACCAAAAGUAGAAGCCAAGAAAGAAGAACCAAAAGUAGAAGCCAAGAAAGAAGAACCAAAAGUAGAAGCUAAGAAAGAAGAACCAAAAGUAGAAGCUAAGAAAGAAGAACCAAAAGUAGAAGCCAAAAAAGAAGAACCAAAAGUAGAAGCUAAGAAAGAAGAACCAAAAGUAGAACCAAAGAAAGAAGAACCAAAAGUAGAAGCUAAGAAAGAAGAACCAAAAGUAGAAGCUAAGAAAGAAGAACCAAAAGUAGAAGCCAAAAAAGAAGAACCAAAAGUAGAACCAAAGAAAGAAGAACCAAAAGUAGAAGCUAAGAAAGAAGAACCAAAAGUAGAAGCCAAGAAGGAAGAUCCAAGAGUAGAAGUAAAGAAAGAAGCUUCAAAAUCAGAUAUCAGAAAACAAUACAAGUUUUCAUCCAUAACUAAUGAUGAGGACUUUAAGAUUCGUGAUGAGCUGGAUGAAGCAGAUAGUUUAUUUAAUGAGGAUAAAUAUGAAGAAUCUAUUAGAAAGUAUGACCUUAUAAUACGUGCACAUAUCACCAGCCCCAGAGCUUAUUAUGGUAAAGGUCUCACCUUGGAUAAACUAGGCUUCAAGCACAUGAGCAAUGAAUUUUUGGAAAGGGCCAUUGAUUUUCUGGCUCGUGUCCUUGACCUUGAGAAUGUGCCUGAUGAGCUCUACAAAAUGGCUGGUCGCAAGUUGGCUGACAGGCAGCAGUUUAGAGGAUGGGGAGGAGAUGCUAUCAAGACCUUCAAGAAACUAAGUGAGAGAUUCCCAGAUGAUCUGAGCUUGAAAAAUGAGUAUGGAGUUAGUUACAUGAUGGUUGGACAGAAUGAUAAGGCUAGAGCGGUAUUUCAAGAGGUUUUGGCCAAACAUCCAAACAGUGGCUUUGCCAAAGUGCAUUUGGGAUUUAUCUUGAAAGCUAAAGACAACAAACUGGAGGAAGCUGUACAGUUGUUAAGUGAAGGUAUUGAAUCCCAAGAACCUGGAACCAUAGAUGGAAGAUUCUUUCUUCAUUUAGGUGACUCACUAAUCAGACUAGGACGUGAAGCUGAGGCCAGGAAAUAUUUUGAAGAAGGUGAAAAGAAAGGAUUGUUUCUUUCUGCUUGGCAACGCUCCUUGUACAAUGUGAAAGGACUGACGGGUCGCCCUUGGUGGACAGCUGAACAAACUGGAUACCAAAAAUAUCUGAAUCUGCUUAAGGAGAACUGGAAGACUAUUAGAGAUGAAGGUCUAGCUCAGUUGGAUCCAGCCACUGGCUCAUUUCUGCCUGAAGAAGAAAAUCUUCGUGAAACUGGGGAUUGGAAACAAUUUACACUUUAUCAACAAGGGCGUAAAAAUGCAAAAAAUUGUGAAAAAGCUCCAAAAACAUGUGCAUUGAUUGAUCAAAUACCUGAUGCCAAGGGUUGUAAGAGAGGGCAGGUUAAGUUCUCUGUAAUGAGCCCUGGCAUCCACGUCUGGCCUCAUGUUGGCCCUACUAACUGUCGUAUCCGAGCUCAUCUUGGCCUCGUUGUACCAGAGGGACCUACUAUUAGAAUAGUCAAUGAUACCAGAAGCUGGAAGGAAGGCCAGUUUAUUAUUUUUGAUGAUUCCUUUGAGCAUGAAGUCUGGCACAAAGGUAAUGCUACACGUCUUGUUCUUAUUGUGGACUUUUGGCAUCCUGAGUUGACAGAGGCACAGAAGAGGGGGUUGUCUGCUAUAUAAUCUCACCCUACUGAAUUCAUCUUUGUGUGAAAGAUGUUUAGAAUAUACGUGAUCACCUUCAUGGAUAGUAUCUGAUUGGACAGAGGAUGUUUUUGAUGGAAUGAACUUUGUAUGUCUGUUUUUGUUAUGAUGGGUCACAGAAUGAUGCAGAAGUGAAAACAUUUAGUUUUGCUUAUGCCAUUGAUUCUCUGGACUCAAAACUUUAUUUCUGAUUUUAAAAAUAUAAAGAAAGGGAGAUGAUGUUUUAUGCUGUGUGCUCUUCUCACUUAACAACGCCCAUUCGUGAAGACAUUUGUUCAUGGAUCAAAUAGAAAUGAAUAGAUGUAAAAAAAAAGGGUAUUAAAAAAAUCCAGCAAUUUACUUUGCAUUAUAUGCAUAUUGUUGGUAAUUUCGUCACAAAAUUGGAAUAAAUAAAAAUAAUACUUAGUUUGAAGAAAACUAAAAAGGUUUUGAUUUAAUCCUUAAGAUAUAUGAAAUAGGAAGUAUAAUACAUUAGGGUAAACAGAAUCUUAAAUGGCAUUAAAUCAAAAACCACUUACAAUUUUUUUCUUAAUUUUGCUUCUAGCAAGAAAUCAGUUUAACUGACUUCUGUAUAGUUCUGUGGGCCAUCAUUGUGUUUGUACUUUUGUAAAUUGAUACCUACCUACUUAUGUAAUAAUUGCAGUAUUUAGUGUUGCCAGUAUUUUGUCUAUAUGCACAUUUAGUGUGUUCAACUUACAUUGUACAUGAAACAUUUGUUUUUUAAAUAUACAGAUAUUUUUUUUUUACUCUCUCCAUUGUACAUUUUUAAUGUAUUGAGAUUUUUGUUGACUCAAUAUUAGUGACUUCAAUAAGCCUAUAUCAAAAGAUAUUAUUUAUUUUUAUUGUUGGAAUUGCAAUACCAAACAAAGCAACAUAUAUCUGCAUGAUAAAUGAAAGUGAUUUGUUUCUAUAAGUGCUUUCUAUAAAGAGUGAUUGUGUCUACAUUAUUUCUACCAGUGAUAUCUCUUAGAGUAUGUUUACAUUUUUUCUACAAGUGUCUCUUCUAGAAUAAUGUGUGACUAAGAAGACCAACUUUUUUUUAUUAUAUCUAAUAUAUAAAGCAGAAAGUAAGGCAUAUGUGUGUAAGUCCCGAAUAAAAAACAAAAUCGUUUGACCAAUCUUGAUCAAACUUGGCAUAAAAGUUCCUUAAAUCAUGUCGGAUACCGUAGUGUAUGUUAAAUGUCCCAACCACAACUGGAGGGCCCUAAAAAUAAACAUAAAGUACUAAUUGUACCUCUAUUAAAUAAGGAAACUUUUUAACAAAUUGUGUAAACCCGUUUUCACAGUAAUUUAUAUUUGUUAUGAAUAUGUCAGCUGAACAGGUAAACCCAUUUUUAUACUCUACUUUUUUCGUGGCAAAAUUAAAAAAAUGUGAAAGGAACAUUCUCCAUGUUUGACGUAGAUCUAAAUUCAAUCCAGUAGAUCUGUAAUACUCAAACUAAGACCUGCAGGCCACGGGUCACAUCUGGCUAGUAUGUAUAUAUACCACUAAUGCCAUGAGGGUCUGCCGUUGGGAAUAUUGUAGUACAUUGUGACAGACUCAGGAGGCUUUCUUUCAUCUCUGCAUAGUCCAAUAGUCUCACUAGUCCAAUGUUUUAUGUAGCAGCCCAGGAGUCAUUCUGUUGAUGUUCUCACCCACAUUGAGGCUUGGAAACAUGUCCAUACAUAUAUUUCUAACAGUGCUCUAUUUAGUUUGUAGCUACAUUAGUUCUUUAUAAGAGAAAACUCUUGCAUCAAUCACUUUCAUUUCUGUUUUUUUUUUUCAAUACUUUUACAACCAUCUUGUAAUUAUUUUUGAAAUUGUAUUCUUUCUUUAUAUUUAAAAAAAAAUUGUUUUUGUAAUUUUGAUUUGAAUAUUUAAUCAAUAUAGACCUGAAUAUUCUUGGUUGAAGUUUUGAAAUUUUUAUGUUGUUUUUUUUUAAAACUCUGUUGCAGUUUAACCUACUACUGAAAAAAAAGGUUCUUAGUGAUACAUUUUAUAUUGGGAAUUAUAGGUAUUAAAAAAUAACGUUCUUUAGUUUCAGCUUUCAGUAUUCCAUGACUAUGAUUGUAUAUAAAGAAAGGCAAAACUUUAUCAAUGUAACGUGUGGACCAAGUUGUGUCUACCAUACACUUUCAUUGCUGUAUGAAUGUGAAUACUGUUGUGUAACCAGAACUUUGUUAUAUGAUACAUUCACCAAUGAAAUCUUUGUGAUACAAGAUUUUAAAAAACAACAACAUUUCAAUAUUAUCAGCUAUUCAAAGUCAUCAAAGUGUGUGCAGUGUUUUUUCCUGAAAAAAUUCCAAAUGAUUUUAAAAACCACAUUUCAAUAUUUAAUUAUGUCGGAUUGUGUACUUGUUACUUAUAGAUAUGUUUGUAUAAAUACAAUCUGUUUUUUUUUAUUCUGUGAGCAUAUUGCGUUUGUCUUGGGAUUAAAUGAAGUUGUUCUGAGUAAAACAGCAGGCAGAAGUUGGCUCCACAGUUACAUCAGAGAAAUGUUUGGUGUCAUACCAAUGCACAUAUUUAUACCCAAUAAAGAAUAAAUUGAUUGUUCAUCUAAUGAUUCAACUAACCUUGAGCUAUCCAACUAACCUUGAACUAUUUAACUAACCUUGAACUAUUCAACUAACCUUGCAUCUAGCUAGAGAUUUUCAUAUUUUCCUCUCCAUUAAAUUGUUUAGGAUAAUGUAAAGCCAAUAACAGUCAAAGCCUGCUAUGUUGCACAACUCUGUGAGGCUGCUUUGAGUACUUGAAUCACAUAUCCUUGGUUUGAAAUAGCAUUAACUACAUGCAGGUCUACUUGAGCUCUUGGAAGAGACAGCUAGAACAGUGUAUUCAAUAUCAGAGAAUGGAAUGAGGUUCAGAUAAAUUAUCAGUUGUCUAGUUUUAUAGUAAAGUUGUAUUUAUCUAGUACUAUUAUUAAAUGCACAUGAUUAUAUACUGUUGCAAUGGAUUAUUGACGUAAUAAAGUGAAAGGUUACUGAGUUUUAGUUUUUAGUGAAACUCUAAACUUAUCUAUAGACUUAGAUGUCAUAUUGCUUGAACAAAAUAGAAUGUUAUUAUUGUGAGGCACCACAUUGAGCAACACAGGGAAAUGGAUUUGAAAAUUAUUUUCUAGUUAACUACAUUAUAAUAAUAGAUGUCAAAGAGUUUAUUACAUAUUCUUAUGAAUGAAACUAUAUGUGUAAUGACAUAAAAAUGUUUUGUAUACAUAGUGACUUCAAGUUUGUUUGGAGUGCUAGGACAAAUGAUUUUUUUUUAUCUUACUUUGAAUCAUACUUAUGGUAAUUUAAAACUGUUAAUGUUGACAUGGUCAUGUCAUAUUCUCAUUGUUUGUUACGUUCAUCAGAUACAAUACUAUCUGCCCUUCUAUGCCCUUAUGACAAAAAGUGAAUCUCUGUCAUAAUGUUAAGAUUCAUUUUGUUGGUCUUCAUGCACACAUUUUGAUGUCAUCUGAAAAUAAAACAAAAAUUAUUGUCAA